AGGUAUAGAGAGAUUGACAGGAUUGGAGACAUGACCUUCUUGAUCUAUCAACAUAGGCCAACUUGACAAUUGUUUCUAGUAGUGUGAACACUGGUAUCAGCAGCACUUGUGACCUGCAGGAGAAUCCAAGAGAUGAGCCAGCUACCUUCCCGUCAUUCUCUCUAGAGCAUCAGCGUCACCUGUUAUUGCAUGAACGUAAACCAAGUUGUCUUAGAGAAAGACACUGUGUCGCCAUCAACCACAUAACAGCACAGCAUUUGGCAUCACUUGGUAGGAAAAAUAAGCAGAAUGAUGUGACACAGCUAGCAUUCCAAAGUCACAGGCACAGUGCAUUGUGCAAUUCAGACAAAGCUAUUUAAAUAUAUUUAGACAAGCCAUUUCAACCGAUAAGAUGUGUGAAUCUCUACCUAAUUAAUCUCCUUUUGGAAGCAAAUGCUUUCUUUAAAAAUCAAGUAUGUUAACAACUGCUCAUUAUUCUACAUUCAGUUACUUUUAAACAUGACCUAACACUGCCUGUAUGUCUGUUUUUCCACUCAGGCCAGUUACUGUACAAGUUUACUGCUUAAAGUAUAGUUAUUUCCUCCUGUUCUAGACUGUGAGGCAUUUUGUGAACAUACUCACACUGCAAUGGCUCUUUUAGAAAGUACAUAUUCAACAAAUUAAGUCUCAAUUUUGCAGAAAUAUAAAUAUUUGAAUAGAAACGACAACUAAAGAUAUAUGCAUUAGAUUACUCACAGAAAAUAAAGCUUGUAAAAUUACUUUUUAAAAAGGCUUCCGUUGAAGUUAGGUGCCUGAGUUUCAUAAAUGCUUUUAAGUGCAAGCUUAUCUUCACUGCUUUCUGAAGAGCUGAGUUUGACUCUGUUGACUCUGUUGACUUCUUGGCCCCUUAUGUAGAACACUUUCCCAUGGCUCUGACCAUAUGUCCCUAUCCCACUUUGACCAAGUGGCAGGCAGUUUCAGAUGCUGAGACCUAUGUCUGUAAGUAGGCAGAGAGCUUGACUGGUGGAGAUGAUAGCGUAGUGAAGGUCUUGAAGAAUGGGCAUAGUCUCCUCUCAUGUCUUUGCUUGACUGAAAGUCUCAUCCCUUCUGAGCAGAUAGAGUACAGUGGACACUUCUCACACUGGAGGCCCAUGAGGAGGGUAAAGUGCAAUGGCAAGAGACGCAUUCACUUCCAAACUCUUCCCUGUGGAAUUCCUUUAAAUACAAUUGCAAGCUCUGACUUUAAAUCUGCUGAGGAAGGUCUCACAGAAGACCCACAAGGCCCUCAGCAAGAUUCACUUGAAUAAUAUAAUUUUUCUAAAGCCCAUGACCAGGUCUGACCUACUUGCUACGAGUAUGUCAAGGAUUUUUUUUUCAUAUCAUAGAAAAGCUAUCUUCACUGCUGGUCUAUCUCCAAUCCAAUUAUGAUUAAUUUUCCAUAGAGUUUGGAAGGUUAUCACAGGCUACCUCAAAAGACCUACAAAUAAGGAAAGUAAGGUAAACUUUGGAAUUAUACAUAAGGAAACAGAAUCGAGAACCAUAGCAACUUGGAAAAAUUGCUGCCUCCCAGGCAAGGACCUAGGGGUGAAACUGGAGGUUGCUAACAGGAAAGCAGGUCUGAGUGACCAGAAAGGUGGCCCCAGAGACCCACACAUCACAGGAGCUGGGGUGUGUACUCACUUGCUACAGGAUCAAGGAUUAUCCCUUUAAGAGAAGCUCCUCCCUAUUCCAAUAACACACUCCCCAACUUACCAUCAGGUGCCCAGCAUUUUCUCUUUCAGACUCCCCAGAAGACUCGGGGCUUAAACACACAGAAGAAAGGAAGACAAGGAAAAGGAACCCAUGAAGAGGAGAGUGGCUAUCGUCGGAGCUGGAGUCAGUGGCCUGGCCUCCAUCCGGAGCUGUUUGGAGGAGGGGCUGGAGCCCACCUGCUUCGAGAGGAGCGAUGAUGUUGGAGGCCUGUGGAAAUUCUCAGACCAUACAGAAGAGGGCAGGGCUAGCAUUUACCAAUCAGUCUUCACCAACUCUUCCAAAGAAAUGAUGUGCUUUCCAGACUUCCCCUAUCCUGAUGACUUCCCCAACUUUAUGCAUAACAGCAAGCUCCAAGAAUACAUCGUUUCAUUUGCCAAAGAAAAGAACCUUCUAAAAUACAUACAAUUUGAGACAUUUGUAACCAGUAUAAAUAAAUGUCCUGAUUUCUCAACUACUGGCAAAUGGGAAGUUACCACUGAAAAGAACGGUAAAAAAGAAACAGCUGUCUUUGAUGCUGUAAUGAUUUGUUCUGGGCAUCAUGUGUACCCCCAUCUACCAAAAGACUCCUUUCCAGGACUGAACCGUUUUAAAGGCAAAUGCUUCCACAGCAGGGACUAUAAAGAACCAGGGAUGUGGAAGGGAAAACGAGCCCUGGUGAUUGGCCUGGGAAACUCAGGCUGUGACAUUGCUGCAGAACUCAGCCACACAGCUCAACAGGUCGUCAUCAGCUCCAGAAGUGGAUCUUGGGUGAUGAGCCGGGUCUGGGAUGAUGGCUACCCCUGGGACAUGCUGGUGAUCACUCGAUUUCAAACUUUCCUCAAGAACAACUUACCCACAGCCAUCUCUGACUGGUGGUACAUGAGGCAGAUGAAUGCGAGAUUCAAGCACGAAAACUAUGGCUUGAUGCCUUUAAAUGGAACCCUCAGGAAAGAGCCUGUGUUCAAUGAUGAGCUCCCAGCCCGCAUCCUGUGCGGUACUGUGUCCAUCAAGCCUAACGUGAAGGAGUUCACAGAGACCUCCGCUGUCUUUGAGGAUGGGACUGUGUUUGAGGACAUUGACUGUGUCAUCUUCGCAACAGGCUAUGGUUAUGCCUACCCCUUCCUGGAUGACUCCAUCAUCAAAAGCAGAAACAAUGAGGUCACCUUGUAUAAAGGCAUCUUCCCUCCUCAACUGGAGAAACCAACCAUGGCAGUGAUUGGCCUUGUCCAGUCCCUUGGUGCUGCCAUCCCCACAACUGAUCUGCAGGCACGCUGGGCUGCAAAAGUAAUAAAGGAAACAUGCAUUUUGCCUUCUGUAAAAGACAUGAUGGAUGAUAUUGAUGAGAAAAUGGGGAAAAAACUCAAAUGGUUUGGCAACAGCGAGACCAUCCAGACAGAUUACAUUGUUUACAUGGAUGAACUGGCCUCCUUUAUUGGAGCAAAGCCCAACAUCCCACAGCUGUUUCUCAAGGAUCCCAGGUUGGCCAUCGAAGUGUUCUUUGGCCCUUGCAGCCCCUACCAGUUCCGGUUGGAAGGUCCAGGGAAGUGGUCAGGAGCCAGGAAUGCCAUCCUAACCCAGUGGGACCGGUCACUGAAGCCUAUGAAGACGCGUGUCGUUAGUGGUGUUCGGAAGCCUCGCUUAUACUUUGAUUUGCUCAGGCUCCUUGCGGUCCCUAUUCUGCUCAUAGCUGUUUGCCUUGUGCUCAUCUGAUUGGGAUUCCCUCUAGAAUGUUGGGUAGUCACUGACAAUAACCAGGCAGGAACUUUGCUAUUUAAAAAUUGAGAUUCUCAUACCUCCACCUUUCCUGUUCAAGUUCAUUUGGCAGGACAUGAAGGCAGUAAUUAGUAAGCAAGACAGUGUUUGCUCUGGCCUUUUAAGUAAGCCUCUUUCAGAAUCAUGCUAGUUUUUAGAGGUUGUAAGUCAGUUCUCUUUAAGUUUCACUAACACUUUGUAAGGAGAAGUAUGUUUUUAUGUCCAACUUGAAUCAUUUUUUUUGAAACAAUUGGAAGUGGUUCCUUUUCUCUUUUAAACAAUGUUUGAAAGGUGUACUUCAAAUACAAACAGUGAAUAAAAUAGAGCAUUUAGAACAUAA